AUGGGCGACCAGAGCCAAAAGGCAAAAAGGACAUGGGAAAUUUGCAACAUACUAGAUGAACAUAAUGCAAAGAUGCAACAACUUCAAGCAGAGGGCAAUGAAGGAAAAAGAAGAGUUAAAAACUCAGUCAGGAAGAAAGUAAAGCUUGGUCGGAGUGGGUUCUAUUAUGACAUAUAA